AUGCCUGGAAAUCAAGCGUCUGCCGUACCGCAGGGGGAUGUUCAGAGGAGAGCGAGGCCGGAGUCUGAGGAUGUCACGGAUCAACCCGCUGCGACACAAAUAAGAGUGGAAGAGGUGCGGCGACCGCAGUGGACCAUGAGCAGCAGCGUAAAGGAUAUUCUGCUGGAGGGAAGCACUCUCAGCACCAACAUGAGGCUGAACGAUUUCCUUCGGAAUUAUGUUGGCGGCAGGGUGGCCGUUGGUGAAGACUCCAAUGUGACGAUGCAGGUGUUUGUUCAGGAGCCGGAUGCUUACGUACAAGACCAGCGGCUUCUUGGAAGAAUUUUUAAUUUACCAGAGUACCAAGAGCUGGAAGAAAAGAAAAUACUAUUGGAGGCUAUUUAUAAACUUCGCCACGGGGGUGUGGACUUUCUUGAGCAAUGGAGGGACUAUGAAGGAAAGGAUACGGUCACUCCACUUGCAAGGAGAAAACUAAACGCAGUUCUCACUCAGGUACUGAGAGAAGAAAGGCGGGAGGAAGUAGAAAGGGCAAGGCGGGAAAAACAAGUAGAACUUACCCUAAUUACUACGAUCAGGGAUGUGCUAUUUAAAGGAAGAGUUCGCUUCAUGGACAUAAAGCUGAAUGAUUUUCUUACGCUGGAAAUGGAAGGCAGAGGCGUUUUGCACGCCAAUCGGAAUGUCUUACUGAGAGAUUUUUUCAGUGAUCCCACGAGGUAUAUACCUGAUGCGGGAGUAUUGGGCGAAAUACAGGCAACCGAUGCUUAUGCGAGGAUGGAGGGGGAUGUAAGGGAGGAAAUGGAUAUGGGGGAAGAUGUACGCAAGCUUAAACAGGCUGGUGUGUACAAUUUACAAAAAUGGUCCGAAGCUACUGCGCAGGUAAAAGAAAGUGUUCAUGAGAUCACUAAAAGUUUUUUGGAUGCAGCCCUUCAGGAGGCGAAUAAACCAACAAUGACGAGUGCACCGAUGAAACUGGAGGGAUGCUACGAGUCUGUGUACAAUUCGAGGUGGCAUCAUGUCGUGGAAGUUCCUGGCGGCGAGGGAAUGGGAAUGGAGGUGAGGGAGGGGGAACCAGAACAGUCAUUGACGUACAGGGAAUUUGAUGAAUCCCUCGAAAGGGAUGACGCUGUGCAGCAAUCCGGUGCACCACGUCCCAGACUGAUGGUGCUCACCUCGGAAAAGGGAUGGCCGUACUCGUGGGCGGGGAAUAAACUUAUUCAUGACUGCUAUGUGAACUUUGAGGUGGAUCGAGUGUGGCAGAUCGUCAAGAGCGAUCUAACCGAAUUGCUCAGCAGUCACCCUGGGGCCUACUUUGAGCCCAAGCGGCGUGUGCUGAUUGGGACGCCCGGGAUCGGGAAGUCGAUGGGUGCCGGUUCUUACCUCCUCUACCAGCUGCUGCACUGCGAUGCGGAGAAACUCCCUGUGGUUGUAUACGUUAUUGGGAGACAAGCAUUCCUGUUUGACAAGACCACCCAUACAAUGAUAAGAUACAUGGAGCUCUCCGCUAUGGAGCAUUUUUUGGCUUUUGUAUCUUCCCGUGGGGUGAAGGGGUAUAUUAUUUACGAUGUGGCAAAGGGGGGUCGUAAUCCGUCGGUUUUUUUUGUUCCUUCCGAAUGGGGCAUGCUUGUGGUGACAUCACCGAACGUGGAUAACUUUGAGGAAUGGAGGAAGCAUAAGGGAGCGGCGCCAAUCAUAAUUAAUUGUCCUGAGGAGAUGGAUGUGAAGGCAAUGUGCUUUUGGAUGAAGCAAAUUCAGCCCACGGGGGAACAAGCUGAGGAACAAUUGGAGGAACAAGCGAGGUACUGGGAAACGGUGGAGGAGCGCAUGGAUGAAGUGGGUCCGAUCCCACGUUGUAUCUUCGAUGUGUUAGAAUAUGGAAUUCACUUGAACGCGAUUGACGCAACCGUAAAAGAUAUUAACGCUUCUAAUGCUACGGAUUACAUGGGUGUGGGAAGCGGUAAAAUUUGGAUUGCCAAAGGUGUUUCUCACAAAAUCGUGAAAGUUGUCCGAGUGCGAGAAGGACCAGGAAUCGAAGUAGGCUACAACGCACCGGUCUCCCAUUCGGCCAGGGUUAAGAUAACUCAUCAUCUAACAAAUAUGACGCCGCCGGUCGAUUUUUUCAAUCUUUUGCUGCGCGGCUACGGUUAUUUUCUGUGGGUUGUUUUUGAGUUUGCAGGCACGGCCGCGUUUAUGAAUCCGCAUGCCGUGGAUAUAAUACAAAGAAACCUCACUGAACUAAAUCUAGAAGGACGACUAACGCCGCGGUCUUCGGUAUUGAGCGACAACCCUCGAGGUCACCCCACCCGCAGUGAAGCAUUAAAAAAAUUGAGUGACAACCCCGCCAGGAUGAAUUUGGAUUACGGGGUAUUGUACCAACCGAUUGUCAGAAACUUUCCGCUGGUGGAUGCCCUUUUCUUCAUGGAGUCACCGCGGAAGACACUGGUUGGGCUGCAGAUGACGACGGCAAAUGCACACCACACCCAAACCAGCACUGUGAGGCUGUUUAAGGAGCGUAUGGCGAGUUAUUUUAACGGUUGGGAGGAAUUUUCCCGAGACUUGUCGUGGGAGAUUAUUUAUGCACAGCACACAGACAGCACGCCCAUGAGUGGCUUGCAGAAAUGUAAUGAUUCGGCGAAUUUAACAGGAGCUGAAAAUCGUGAAAUAGCGGCGUUCUGGGAGGAAAAGGUACACCAGUAUCAAGUGACAGUAGCAGCCGAAAUGUUAUUGCAAAACAGGCCACCUGAAGUCAGUGAUAACUAA